CAGACCAAGGAGGUACAAUUGGAAAGAAAGUCAAAGUCACUUCAAACUGUUGGGAUUUUUCUUUUCACCACAAAACGGUAUAUCUUUAUUUUGUGGAAGCAAACUCAGUUCACCGAUUGGAAGCUAAGGAGGGCAGUAAAACUGAGAUAAGAAUGCCACCUAAAGAGUUGAGAUCUUUAAUUCAGCAGGUAGCUGACUCUUUACCAGAUACGAUUAUAUAUGAUGGCGGUCAUGCCAUAUACUCUGAAGAUCCGUUACCUGGUGUCACAACGGACCCCGUAGAAAGAGAGAUUGAGAUCAAAGAGCCGUUUGGUCGGGACCGCCUUCUUCUCAAGUACCGGAUUAUGGAAGUGCAGAAGGUGUCUACUUCCGACAUCAGUCAUUUCAUAACGAGUCCGAAAGCGAGCUCAAUGAAUAUGCCUCAAGAAUGUAUCAGAUUAUUAGAUUGCAUCUUGAAAACAGUGUCAAAGCAGUCGUUUGUAUCCGUUGGACGCGCAGCCCUAUUUCAGGGGACACCAACUAAAGUGGUUGUGGAUAAGCUUCUCACUAUUCAUAAAGGUUUUAUAAGUACUGUGAGACCCCAGUGGAAGAUUCGUGUGAACUUGGACAUGGUAAGUAGUGAUACAUGUUCUUUUUACAUAAUCACAGACGUGCAAAGCCUACUUUGUAUCUGGGAAUCUAGCGGACGUCAUGUACUCGAAGUAUGGAGACGAUAUGGCCAGAUGUAGCACUCAAAUGGCGUACGACUUGAGAAAGAUACGAGUUGAGACUGAUAAAUUCUACAGGAGCGAUGAUGGACGUGCAUAUUCCCGACGCUUCACCGUGCACGGGAUAUCAUCACUACCAGCUGAUCGUUUGAUGAUUGAGGGGUUGAAUCAGUCCGUGGCUGCAUAUUUCAAGGAGCACCAUCAUAUCACUCUGAAGUAUCCAGAGCUGCCAUGUGUGAAGGUUGAUCAAAAGCGUGAAGUGUAUAUGCCGAUGGAACUGUUAAACAUUUUGCCAUAUCAAGCUCCUAAUGCGAGUAAAGCCGAUGUUGCGAGUGAAGUUAUCCGUUGUGCAGCAAUUCGACCACAGGAGCGGUUCAGAGAGCUGGAAAAUUUUGCCAAUAAUAUGCUGCAGUCCCACCCACUGAUUAAACAAUUUGGUUUAGCGAUUCAACCGAGGCCAGUGGAAGUUAACGCACGUGUUAUCCAAGCUCCAACUGCUGGUUUUGGUCGUUCCGGUGUGCGACAACUGACGCCAGGUAGUUGGAUCACACCUGGCUUUCUUCGCCCUGCCGGCGAAGGAGUAGAAUUAAUGUGGGCUAUACUUAGCGUUCCGCCUAAUCAGCGGUCUCAUGGUCAUGUACAGAAGGUGAUAUCGGAAUUGCCUAGAGCGGCCAGUCGCUUUGGUGUUCGGUUUAGCCCUCGACCGAUUGUGGCACAGUGUCCGAGAGGAGAACUUAACAGGAGGUUCGAGGAGUUUUCCAGACAAGGAUGUUGCUUCUUACUUCUCAUCCUGUAUGAUGAACAGUCCUACUCAUCCAUUAAACGUCUGAGUGACCUACAAAUGGGCAUUCGGACCCAAUGUGUACGAAGUCGUACUCUGGACAAACCGAACGUUUUCCCUAACCUGUUGCUCAAACUGAAUGGGAAACUCGGAGGUGUGAACUGGCAAAUUCCUGAUUUGAUUAAGGACAGUCAGGAGUUGGUUAUGGUUUUCGGAGCCGACGUCACUCAUCCGGCGCCUACACAAACUCAUGAAAUUCGGAAGUCAGUAGCUGCUGUUAUUGGUAGCAUUUCACCCGAUCUGAUGAGAUACGGGGUAGUUAUCCGUCAACAGGCAACCACAGAAAAAGGCAAUAAGUCGUCUAGAGAAAUAAUUGACAAUAUGCGUCUGAUUGUCAGUGAGCUACUCCAGCUUUACCUGCGAAACACGAACGGGCGUUUUCCAACGCGCAUGAUAUUCUAUCGUGAUGGAGUUUCGGAGGGCCAGUUCGAAAAUGUGUUGGUGGAGGAGUUGGCUGCGAUUCAAAGAGCCUGCGCAGAUAUUCGUCCUGGUGAAGAGCCUGCUAUCACUUAUAUUGUUGUGCAAAAGCGUCACCAUAUUCGAUUUCGACCAUCUGACCCCAGGGCAAGAAACGUGGAGCCAGGAACGGUGAUUGAUACAGAUAUCACACAUCCCAGGGAAUUCGAUUUCUACCUCUGCUCUCAGGAAGGGAUUCAGGGUACAUCGAAACCUGCUCACUAUCACGUUUUGUAUGAUGAUAGUAACUGGACAUCGAAUGCUCUGCAGAUGUUCACCUACCACUUAUGCUACGGGUACAUGAGGUGUUCCCGUAGUGUCUCGUAUCCAGCGCCGACUUAUUAUUCUCAUUUGGCUGCAUUUCGGGCACGUGAGUGGUUAUCGGACAUAGAGAAACCAGAGAUUCUGUUAGAUGCUGGUCGUUUCAAAGUUCACAGCAGUCAAGUUGAUGGCAUGUUUUACUUAUAAACAG